AGACCAGUCGCAUGAUGUCUGCCCGCCGGUUCGGUGUAUGACGCUCGGCGCAUUGAAUAACCUAAAAACGCUCUGUUGUUACUCCGUCCUCUUUAAUUAUUGUACUUUUUUAAUAACCAUUUAUUUAUUUUAUCAAUUAUUUGGUAAUAGAUUUUAAAAGUGUACCUUCAAACAGUGAAUAUUGUGCUUGUGUGCGGAUACGCACUAGCCGUAUCUUUGCUUGUGGCGUUUAUCGAUUUUCUACAAUGAGUAUUACGUUUUGUUUACUUUUUUAUUUCAUGUGAUUAUUUACAAUCAUGUUUGGUGUUAAGUAUUCGGUGUUUGUGUGGUAGCGUGAGAUAUUCAAUUAUGUGCGAGGGUCCGCGCAAGAGUUCGUGUUUUGGAUGACAAAAACAUGGAAUACGAGAACGAUUUCAGCUUGAAAGAAUGGGCGAAGGACAAACCUUUGUCCAUUCUGCAGCUGGAUCCGGCAGACCGUGCAGUUUUAAGGAUAGCAGAUGAACGAGAUGCAAUACAGAAGAAGACGUUUACGAAAUGGGUUAACAAACACCUAAAAAAGGUCAACCGGCACGUGAACGAUCUGUUCGAAGACCUGCGCGAUGGACUCAACCUCAUUUCGCUGCUGGAGGUGCUUUCUGGCGAACAUCUCCCGCGCGAACGAGGCCGAAUGCGUUUCCACAUGCUGCAAAAUGUCCAAAUGGCGUUGGACUUUCUCCGCUAUAAGAAGAUCAAGCUGGUCAACAUCAGAGCCGAAGACAUCGUCGAUGGAAACCCGAAACUCACGCUUGGACUCAUUUGGACCAUCAUUCUACACUUCCAGAUAUCCGACAUCGUAGUGGGCCAAGAACCGAAUGUAACUGCUCGAGAAGCCCUGCUAUCAUGGGCACGGCGGUCCACUGCCAAGUACCCCGGCGUCCGUGUGUCAGACUUCACGUCGUCAUGGCGAGACGGCAUGGCCUUCAACGCGCUCAUUCAUAGGAACCGUCCUGACCUGGUAGACUGGCGUAAUAUCAGGUCAAGACAAGUCCGCGAGCGCUUGGAGACGGCAUUCCACGUGGUCGAGAAGGAGUAUGGAGUCACCAGGCUUUUGGAUCCUGAAGAUGUGGACACCCACGAACCGGACGAGAAGUCCCUCAUCACCUAUAUCUCGUCUCUAUACGAGACUUUCCCCGAGCCGCCGGCAGUGCACCCGCUGUUCGACGCAGAGUCCCAAAGGCGUGCCGCAGCGUAUACGGAGCAGGCGGCACAACAUCGCGCUUGGCUUCACGAAAAAUGCGCGCUCAUGCAGGACCGUGCUUUCCCGUCAACUUUGAUCGAGAUGAAGAAGCUGCUGAGCGAGAGCACUCGAUUCCGCAACGAGGAGGUGCCGCUGCGCCAGCGCGAGAAGCAAAAGCUCUUCCACCAAUACAGGGAACUAGAGAAAUAUUUCGAAACAGUAGGAGAGUGCGACAUCGAGCCAACUUUACGACCAGAAGCACUUGAACAAGCUUGGUCCAGACUACUCAUGGCCCAUCAAGAACGAGAGCGUGAUCUUACUGAUGAGAUCCGUCGUCUGGAAAGAUUACAGCGACUCGCUGAGAAACUCCACAGGGAUAUAAAACAGACAGAAUCGGGUCUCGACAACGUCGAACGACACAUCGAAACCGAGAUCCGUCGUGUCGAACGCGGCGUACACCCGGCCGAUGCCAAGAUGGCCGCCGAACAGAUCGAACAGGAGCUGAGGAGUAUGGAGCAUACUAUUCAGGAGAUGUUCCAGGAUGCCCUUGCGCUAAGGGAGGGACGGUAUCCGCAGGCCAACGAAUUGCAUAGACGAGUACAACAAAUCCAUGACCGCUGGUUGAACGCGCGUCAGGCCUUCACUGGCCGUCUUCUCCCUCGUCUGUCUUCCGUCCGCAUGCCAGUGCAGCAGACCACGGUCCGGCGAGAGACCCGCACCGUGCUCGAGACCAGAGUCCAUGACGCUGAUCCCAAGUUCCAGCAGCUAACUGAAGCUAUCAGGUGGUGCAAGGAGAAGCUGAAAAAGCUGCAUGAAUCAGAAUAUGGGUCGGACCUGCCGUCCGUGCUGCACGAGCUCGACAAACACCAGAGGGAGCACAAGCAGAUCGAUCAAUUCCAUUCUAAGGUGGAACAAUGUGUGCACCAUCGAGCCAACUUCAGCGGUGAAGAACUCAACUUGUAUAAUCAACAUUUGAGUCAACUUCAGAAGACAUAUGCUGAACUACUAUCCACUAGCACUAAACGCAUAUCAGACCUAGAUGCCCUCCAAGAUUUCCUCCAAUCAGCGACGGCCGAGUUAAAUUGGCUAAACGAGAAAGAGCAAGUCGAACUGUCCCGAGACUGGGCCGACCCACACAUCAAUCUACCUGCUGUACAACAUUACUAUGAGCAACUGAUGUCAUCUCUGGAGAAACGGGAAUUGCAGUUCAGCAAUGUGAUCGACCGCGGGGAAUCGCUCAUCGCGCAGCAUCACCCUGCUACCAAGACCAUCGAAUCCCACCUACAGGUGAUGCAAUCGCAAUGGGCGUGGGUAUUGCAGCUAACGCUUUGCCUGGAGACCCACCUGAAGCACACCACGCAGUAUCAUAACUUCUUUGAAGAAGUCAAGGAGGCAGAGAAAUGGAUACAGAAACGCGAGGAAGCCCUGAACACGACGUUCUCCCAAUCGGAGUUCACGCUCGACCAAGGCGAGCGACUCCUCAAGGGCAUGCAAGAUCUUCGCGAAGAGCUCAACGCUCACGGCAACAACGUGUCGAGGAUCGUGGAGGAGGCCCAGGAGAUCAGACCGGUCAAGCAGAGAAGGUCGCCUGUUACGCGACCGUUAAGGGCCGAGACUGUUUGUGCCUACAAACAUGCUAAUAUACAAAUAGAAAAGGGUUCAGCUGUAACAGUUGUGGACAAUUCCGGACGCAGUCGCUGGCGCGUGCGUCUUGGUGGGGCUGGUACCGAGGUCCAACUGCCCGGAGCAGUGGUUGCCUUACCGCCGCCAUGCCAGGAGGCGAUUGACGCGGCCUCCCGACUGCGCAACGCGUAUGACAGGGUGAUCCAACUGUGGCAGAGGAAACAGCUGCGCAUGCGUCAGAAUAUGAUAUUCGCAACGAUCAAGGUUGUGAAAGGGUGGGAUUUCCCGCAGUCGUAA